GAACUUAAAAAUUGCUCGAAGUCACUGACAGAAAGAAAUCUCGAUUGUGUCUCUAUUUCUCUUUUGUAUAGAGUAUCUGCCAAUCACAAAAAAAGAAUAUCGCAGCAUCCAGCAUACAAAACUAGCAAACAAAUGGGGGAAAAUGAUAGGGUAUUUAUUAUAACUAUCAUUAUUGGAUAUUAUGUGGUCAAGGACUAAACUUUAGAACAAUUGGAUUAUUGAAUGAAGGUCCGAAAACUUAAACUAACUUAAACUUUAGAACAAUUGGAUUAUUGAAUGAAGGUCCGAAAAUGUUGGUGAGUGUUUGCACUCUUUUCUUGUUGUCAAAAAUGUGCACCAGUGUUCGUUGACCAUGCUGAAAGAUCGUCAUAUGUUUGCUGCACUGAAUCACAAUAGGUGAUGAAUAAUAUAUUUGCCUUAGUUCAUGGGGAAGCGGAAUAAAUCAUCAUAUUGUUGUUGGUGUUUAGUUAACAAUACUAAACAACACCCCGUUUAGAGUGCACGUGUUUUAAACUAGGUCGGUGAAACAAUAGUUGUACUUGUGAGGAAAUUUGUAUAGUUCUACCGAUGUUAUAUUAAUCAAUAAGAAAACAAUGAAACUGAGAGAAAACUGUGGUCUGUGUGCAUUAUAUAAUUGAAGUGGACAUAUCAGUAAAUCUUUUGAAUAACACCUACCUGUAUGGUUCCAAAUUGAGUUGGAGUACCAUUGGAACUGAUUGAAAAUAUAUUAUCAAAGCUCAGUUGGAUGUGAUAUGUUCAAACUCUGUGUAUAUGAUCGUUCCAGGUAAAUACGGUUUUCUAGGAAACCGAGCGCUAGUUCAGAAUAAACUGUACGAUGUUUUAUGUAGACCUGUACGUUUUCGUACCUUCAUAUGACAUCUGCUCCCUUUUGAGCAGCGAUGACCGUGAUAAUGACCAGAAACAUGAUACUCGUCAAAACUCUAGCUUUCAUACUCAGUUUUGUGAGCAUGACAAGUGCACACACUCUGUAUUGGAGUACAUGCACUACUCCAACCAACAAAACCGGCUCGUGCGUUCCCAUAGCGGAAUGUAAUUCAUUUCGGCCGGUUCUUCAAAAACUCAUGUUGAACAGCAAGGAUCUAAGUUUCAUCGAAUCUAGCCGGUGUGGUAUCCAUGGAAAGAAGGCACUAGUCUGUUGUGUCGAACCUUCUGGGUCACCGCCACAAAUCGUGCCAAUGAUUAAUUCAACCGAAUCCGACAGUAGACCAUCAUUUCCCAACAAGCUAAAAUUGUUGCCUUCUGCACCUGCCUGUGGCGUCCAUUACAGCAACCGAAUUGUGGGUGGCGAGCGUACCGAAAUCACUCAGUUUCCCUGGAUGGCUUUGGUGCAACACUACGAUCAGCGAUAUGAUGAAUAUGCGUUUCACUGUGGAGGUUCAUUGAUCAAUGAGUUGUACGUUGUCACGGCUGCACACUGUAUUGCUGGUAUCCCGGAGACAUGGAAGAUUAACGCCGUCCGGCUUGGUGAAUGGGACACCCAGAACGAUCCGGACUGCGAAGAAGACGGGAGGAUCUGUUACGAACGGGUACAGGACAUCGAUGUAGAGAAAGCUAUUGUUCAUGAACAUUUUAUCGAUAGAAAAACGGAAGUUCACAACGACAUCGCUCUGCUGCACUUGUCUAGGAAAGCACGCUACUCGGAAACUGUAAUGCCUAUCUGUCUUCCGCUUGGAGCCCGCUUCGCUUCCAAAUCGUACGUAUUAUCGAAAAUGUUCGUUUCUGGUUGGGGACGAACGGAGACCGAACGCAGAAGUCGGUACAAGCUUUUUGUGGAGCUGAAUGGAGUAACGCUUGAAGAGUGCCGUCAACAGUACAGAAUGGCGAACAUCAACGAUAGACAGAUUUGUGCUGGGGGAGAAGCUGGCAAAGACUCAUGUAAAGGGGACUCAGGGGGACCAUUGAUGGACGUGAUUAUGUCGAAUGGACAGAAAGCCUACUAUCUGGCUGGAGUAGUGAGCUUUGGGAAGCAGUGUGCUCAGAAAGAUAUACCCGGAGUGUAUACGAAAGUAAAUCGUUUCAGCGACUGGAUUCUAGAGAAUAUUGAACCUUGAAAAUGUAACACGUUUUAGUCAUAAUUUUCAACUUUCACCUGGACAAUAAACCUAUGAAUCAAAACUA